GUUCUCUCUUCCCCAUUCCCCUUCACACGCGCUGAGCAACAAAUUUGGGUUUGCUUUGCUUUCUCCGCGUUUCCUUAGGCUCUGGUGUUGGGGGACUUUCCCCCGCCUCUAUAUAUAUACAUAUUACCUUACUUCCUUACAAACCCUUUUCUGGCCUUAUUCCCUUCCCCCAAACCCCACUGUUCUUUUCCCUCUCUUUACACCCAAAAAAACCUAAGUACUUAAAUAUUUAACCAUGUUAGCAUUAUAACUCUAUCUCUUUUCAAUUAGUUGUGUUGAUUUUUUUUGUUUUUUUUUUUAUAUAUAUAUAUAUUAUUUUGUCUGGUCAUUCAUGACAUAAGAGCUUCUUCCUUAUCUUCCGCAAAAGCUUCUCUAGCCUACCUUUUGUCACCAUCUUUGUAUUGGCUUUUUGUUUUCUUAUAUUCUGCAACAAAAGUUUCAAAGAGUGAUCAAACUUGUCCUCCUUCGCCCCCCCGAAACAUCUGCAACUGAAGACUAAACCACCUACAAGCACAACAAGAACCUCAUUUUUGCAUGACAGAAGAAGAAGAGAGAAAGACAAAGAGGAAGACGAAAACAGAAAGAAAGCCUUCAUUUUUUAGCUUCCUUCCUUCAUGAGCUCAUCAUGUCUUCUUCAUCAUGUUUAAAAGCACUGCAAGUCUGCAACUUUGCUAACUGAAGAAGAAUCAACAAAAAGGGGGGCAAAAAAAACAAAGUUGCUUUGCUGCAGAUCCAAGUUGGUGUGUGAGUGUGUGUAAAUAAUAAGAAUACAGUUAAAACUGUCAAAAGAGAAAAUUGAAGUUAAGGGACGCAAAAAAAGAGAAAAAUUAAUCGUGUUUUAAGUAGAGAUGGCGUCUUCCAAUUCUCCAUGCGCGGCUUGCAAGUUCCUCCGCCGGAAAUGCCAGCCGGAGUGCGUUUUCGCGCCGUAUUUCCCACCGGACCAACCCCAGAAGUUCGCCAACGUCCACAAAGUCUUCGGCGCCAGCAACGUCACCAAACUGCUCAACGAGUUGCAGCCCCACCAGCGAGAAGACGCCGUCAAUUCCCUCGCUUACGAGGCCGACAUGCGCCUCCGGGACCCGGUCUACGGCUGCGUCGGAGUCAUCUCCCUCCUCCAGCACCAGCUCCGGCAGCUCCAGAUGGACUUAAGCUGUGCCAAAUCCGAGCUCUCCAGGUACCAGAACCUCGGCAUCACCGGCCACGGCCUGAUUGCGGCGGCGGCAGCCGCCGCCACCACCCACCACCACCACCAGCAUCACCAGAAUCUGGGGCUGAAUUUCAUCGGGGGAGGUGGUGGCGCCGCCGUCCGGGAUCAGUACUACCACCACCAGUUCUUCCCUCGGGAGCAGCAGCAGGUGAUCCGGGCGUUUGAUGGGGCCGGGAAUUAUGACGCCAGCAGCCUCCUGGCCAUGAAUGUGUCGGCGAGUAUAGGUCAACUCAGCCAGUUUCAGCAUCCCAAGGCUGCCGGUGGUGAUGCCGGCCGGAGAACACCGAUUGAUCCGUCUUGAAUUUUAGGUUUUUUUUUUUUUUUUUUUUUUGGACCCCGGCGACAACAUUUCUUGAACCAAAAGCCAUCUGAUAAGGCAAAAACUCCCUCCCAUCAGCUUUUAUUGGUAGAAAAAAUAUAUUACCCUC